AACCCUCGUCUUAUAUCUUUCACAACUUAUGAUCGCCAUCUUUCACCCGGAAGCAUGACUAACAAUAAGAGCAAAGACGAGCCAAAAACCCACGGCGAAGAUCUUCUGUUUAAGGGGUUCCCGACAGUUACUAUAGGCUAUAGUAAGAAGCGUUGAUGAACAUGUUUGGACGAGAUGAGAGAUAAGGAUUUUGACCAACUUGAAAACGUAUUUGUUGGUCAACGGCAACCACAAUGGACAAUAGUCGAACAUCAUAUAUCUUUCUCUUUGACCGGGCAACUUUGGAAUCUUUGGCAAUGUUUCUCUUGAUUUUUAAGUUUUGUUGUUGUUGAUCUAUCUAUUUGUAGUAGCUCUUCUUGUUAUAUCGACUGAACCGGAACAUUCUCCUCGUUUCGCGUUAA